AAAAUAGAAAAUGGAUGAUUACGGAUAUAACUUUAUGAAUGAUACAAAAUGUGGGUAUAAUGACAGUCUAAAUGAACUUUAUGUACUGGAUUGUAAACAAUUCUUGUUGGACGAAAUAGAUUACAGUGACAUGCCGUAUGUUGGUGAACUUAAAGUCGUCCCAACAUGGGAAAUUAUUAUUAAAAUUAUUUUGUUUAUUGUGAUCAUUUUGUUCUCAGUUUUGGGCAAUAUUUUGAUAAUAAUCGUUGUUAUUAAAAACCAUACUAUGUGGACAACAACCAAUUACUAUCUUGUGAACCUGGCUGUUGCAGAUUUAAUGGUAACAAUAUCAUGUACCUGGGUGACGCUUGUUGAUGAUGUGACGGAAGGAUGGGUAUUAGGAAAAUUCUUCUGUAAAAUAAAUACCUUCACACAAAUUUUGUCGUUGGUUGCAAGUGUUCUCUCCCUUACAUUGAUUGCUUAUGACCGAUUCUUUGGUAUCGUUUUUGCAUUGAGAGCCCAUAUGACGACAAGGCGAGCGAAAACAUCACUGAUAUUCAUUUGGAUAUGUUCGGCUGGGAUUGCAUCUCCAACACUCAUAACAAGACAGCUUAAAGUUCGUGUUUGGUCCAACCAUACAGAACAAUGGUGUGAUGAUGUUUGGCCAACCAUGACAGAAAAUAUAGGAAAUAUGACAAUGUCAUCAAUGCCAUCUAGGACAGCCUAUUAUGUGUCCGUAUCUGUUAUACUCUACUUCUUCCCAAUGUUGAUAAUGACAUUGGCGUACUCAAUAAUUAUAAUCAAACUCUGGUCUAGUACUAUACCCGGUGAAAAGGUCGACAGGAGAAUGGAAGCUCAAUCUCGAACGAGAAAAAAGGUUAUUGUAAUGUUAGUAGCCAUUUUAAUUGUAUUUGUUGUGUGCUGGCUGCCAUAUCAAGUUAUACUAUUGUACAGUGAGCUUAGGCCAAAUAGAUUAAAGCUUGGAGAUUGGUAUUAUGGAUUAAAUUUUGCAGCUUGUUGUAUGUCCUACUCCAAUAGUGCAUUAAAUCCGCUAAUUUAUACAGGAUUUAACGAAAACUUUAAGAAAGGUAUAACAAACGUUUUACGACCUUUACAUCGCAAAAGAAAAAAGUGGAUAGACUGUCAAAGUACUUCAGAAUAUGGAACAUCCAGAACAGUAGUAGUGCUAAAUCAGUUUUAG